UUUGAAUAACACAAAAUACAAAUACAAAUUGAUGAAGAAAUCCGAGAUUACUGAAUGCUCGUCCUCUUCUUCCUCCUCGAACCCUGCCGCCGCUGCUCCUCCUCCCGUGUCUCCGAUUGGCAGCGUCGAAUUUACCACUGACUCUAAUGGUUUGGAGAAGAUUGUUCUUCGUGGCCCCCGGAGAAGUACUGCUGAGGUGUUUUUGUACGGAGCUCAGGUGAUUUCUUGGAAAAAUAAAUUGGGAGAAGAAUUAUUGUUCGUAAGCACAAAGGCUGUGUUUUCUCCUCCGAAGCCGAUUCGCGGCGGAAUUCCAAUAUGCUUCCCACAAUUUCUGAACAAUGGAAUGAUCGAGCGGCAUGGAUUUGUAAGAACAAGAUUCUGGAGAAUAGAUUUGAAUCCUCCUCCUCUUCCAACCGCCGCCCCUUGCAGCUCAUCUAUCGAUCUGAUUCUCGACGAACAAGAUCGGUGGACAUGGCCUCACAAAUAUGAAUUUCGUCAUAGAGUUGCAUUGGGAUACGAAGGGGAAUUACGAUUGACAUCUCGUAUUAGAAACAUAAGGCCUGAUGGGAAGUCAUUUUCGUUUACAUUUGCUUAUCUUCCAUAUUUGUUUGUUUCGGACAUAAGCGAAGUGCGUAUUGAGGGAGUGGAGACGCUCAAUUAUCUUGAUCACUUGCGGGAUAAGGAACGUGUUACUGAACAAGCCGAUGCUAUCACUUUUGAAUCCGAGGUGGACAAGGUGUACGUACUAACCCCGACAAAGAUAGCAAUAUUGGAUCACGAGAGAAAGAAAACAAUAGAACUACGGAAAGAUGGGCUUUUAGAUGCAAUUGUGUGGAAUCCAUGGGAGAAAAAGUCGAAAGCAAUAGAAGACUUUGGGAACCAAGAUUACAAGAGAAUGGUAUGUGUAGGAGCAGCUGCUAUUGAGAAUUUCAUAACACUCAAACCUGGUGAAGAAUGGAAAGGUAGAAUGGAACUUAAUUUUGUUCCUUCUAGUUAUUGUAGCGGCCAACUCGAUCCCCAAAAAGCACUUCUUGGUGUUGCCUAAAUCAUUCAAUCAAUCAAUCAAUCAAUCCUUUUUCUCCACACGAUCCCAUGCAUAGCCAAGAUUAGUUCUCUCUCCCUUUUUUUUCUGCUUCACAUUUAUGGAAGAAAUUUUUGAAGCCAAAUUACAAAAAAUGGUGAAUCAUAUCAUCAUCAAGGGAGAGGUUUUGAUAAGAAGAUCUUCUGUUUGAUUUAGAGUGUUUUAGAUAUAUCAUAGCAAUAAUGAUAAAUAUGAAAAGUACAAAAAUAACAGACAUAUCAAUUCAAUUGCAUAUAUACAACACAUAUAGAUUUGAGGUUU